AGGAUGAGUCUACAGUGGACUGCAGUUGCCACCUUCCUCUACGCAGAGGUCUUUGCUGUGUUGCUUCUCUGUAUUCCCUUCAUUUCCCCUAAAAGAUGGCAGAAGAUUUUCAAAUCCCAGCUGGUCGAGCUGGUAGGGACCUAUGGCAACACCUUCUUUGUGGUUCUCAUCGUCAUCCUUGUGCUGUUGGUCAUUGAUGCUGCACUUGAGAUCCGGAAAUAUGAUGAUGUGACAGAAAAGGUGAACCUCCAGAACAAUCCAGGGGCCAUGGAGCACUUCCACAUGAAGCUUUUCCGUGCUCAGAGGAAUCUCUAUAUUGCUGGCUUUUCCUUGCUGCUGUCCUUCUUACUUAGACGCCUGGUAACUCUCAUCUCCCAGCAGGCCACACUAUUGGCCUCCAAUGAAGCCUUUAAAAAGCAAGCAGAAAGUGCCAGUGAGACGGCCAAGAAAUACAUGGAGGAGAAUGACCAGCUAAAGAAGGGAGCUGCUGAAGACGGAGGCAAGUUGGAUGUUGGGAGUGCUGAGGUGAAGUUAGAGGAGAACAAGAGCCUGAAGAAUGACUUGAAGAAGCUAAAGGAUGAGCUGGCCAACAGCAAGAAAAAGCUAGAGAAAGCUGAAAACGAGGCUCUGGCCAAGCAGAAGCAGUCUGAGGGCCUUACCAAGGAGUACGACCGUCUGCUGGAAGAGCACGCCAAGCUGCAGGCCUUAGUACGUGGUCCCUCGGACAAGAAGGAGGAGUAAAGGCUUGUUUCUCCCCCUCCCUGCAACUGGCUUCCUCCUGAUCCAUGCUCACUGUUUACUGAAAGCUUACCCUCUCCCUCUGGUAUUUGGGUUUAUCCCCUU